UUUUAACCGUACCAUGGCAUAAAAAGUGAAAAUAGAAUGUGUGAAACAAGGUUAUUAAAUAAGCAAUGAAAUGAAAUUUGAUAUAAUGGAUUUUUAUACAAAAUCUUUACAUUAAGAACAUUAUGCUCAUAAAACAGAUUACAUUAGACAUAAUCUUGAGGAGAAAUAUGGUAUAUAAUAAAAUUAAAUAUAUAGGACGUUGUUUUUCUAUAAUUCUGUAUUAAAUUGGUGCUUUUGUAUCUCAUUCAUUUUUACAUGCUGAUGAUUUCUUAUUAGAAUUAAGAUCACAUGAACAUCAUAUAUUAGCUUAUAUGCUUCCACCAUCAUUUAGUCCUCCUCCUUUAAUACCUGAACCUAAAGUUAUACCAUUUAGUAGAACUACUACUCAACAACAACACGUCUCAAAAUAUUAGUAAUUUUAAUUCUUAUUAUUCAAGUUAACCAUAUAAUACAGGUCAUGCUGGUUACUACAGAUAUUGA